GAAGAAGAAGAAGAAGAAGAAGAAGCGGAAGUCUCGUUGUUUGACUGGGAUGUGUGGCUGGCGGCGGGAUAGCUGUGCUGUUUGUUAUUAGUGAGUUUGAAGAAGACAGAGCUCCAGAAUCCAGAGUGAGUCCAGCAGCCCCAGUGGAGAUCUGCUGGAUCUCAGGACCAGAGAGGAAUGGAGGAGGACAACCAGAACCAGGAGCAGCGGAGCACCGAGGUCCCCAGAAGACCAGCAGCAGACUGGGACUCUGAUAGCAGCCAUGUUCAGAAACGGAGAGGAGGAGAGGGACCCAAACAUCACCACUGUCAACACUGUGACAAAUCCUUCACAACAUCUGGAUAUUUAAAGAUUCAUCAGAGAGUUCACACUGGAGAGAAGCCGUACAGCUGUGAUCAAUGUGGGGCAGCUUUCACACUACAGAGUACCCUAAAAACACAUCAACGCAUUCACACUGGAGAGAAGCCGUACAGCUGUGAUCAAUGUGGGGCAGCUUUCACACAACACAUUACCCUAAAAACACAUCAACGCAUUCAUACUGGAGAGAAGCCGUACAGCUGUGAUCAAUGUGGGAAAACGUUUACUAGGAGUAGUAACCUUGAAAACCACCAACGUGUUCACACUGGAGAGAAGCCGUACUGGUGUGAACAAUGUGGGAAAACUUUUUCUCAGAGUAGUAACCUUAAAAAACAUCAACACAUUCACACUGGAGGUAAACCUUACAGCUGUGAUUUAUGUGGUAAAAUCUUUUCUCUGAGCGGUAGCCUAGAAAGCCACCGACGUGUUCACACUGGAGAGAAGCCGUACUGGUGUGAUCAAUGUGGGAAAACUUUUUCUCACAUUAGUAACCUUAAAAGACACCAGCGCAUUCACACUGCCUCGUAGUGAACAUGUUUCCGAGCCAAGCUGUUUCCUCCUGCCUCCUCCUCAUGCCCUGAUAGCUGUGUUGUUAUAUUCUGAUCUUCUCUCCACAUUGAAGGCUGACCA